CAACAGGAAAUAACAGUACAACAGCUAAUGGCUCAUGUGGAUUCCAUCAGGAAAGAUAUGGUCAUCCUAGAGAAAAGUGAAUUUGCAAAUCUGAGAACAGAGAAUGAGAAAAUGAAAAUUGAACUAGACCAGGUUAAACAACAACUAGUGAAUGAAACCUAUAGAAUCAGAGCAGAUAGUAAAUUGGCCAUCAAUCUAGAAAGGAGCAGGGUAAGGGUAACAGAUAUGUUUACAGAUCAAGAAAAGCAACUUAUGGAAACAACCACAGAAUUUACCAGAAAGGAUACUCAAACCAAAAGUAUUAUUUCAGAAACCAGUAAUAAAAUUGACACUGAAAUUGCUUACUUAAAAACACUGAUGGAGUCUAAUGUACUUGAGACAGUUUGUAAUCUUGCAGCCUCAGUGUUCACUUGUCUGCAAUAGCAUUGGGAUUUUAUAGAUUCUGGAAGUACUACUGAUGAUCCUACUAUUGCUGCUGCUGACUUUGUAGAACACUACACCAGGACAGAGUUUCUUUGAA